AUGAGAAGACCUGAAGCCAUGCUGCUGGUGCUGACUUUUGCCACUCUGGGGAUCUCCACCUGCUGGGCAGAGGGAUUAAUUGGGAAUGGAGGCGGCAAGUAUUUCGAGACUCCCAAGGACUACGAAAAUGAUAUCUCAGCUGUUGAGAUUUGUGUAGCUAACAAGAUCAUCAAAAGUUUACGGAUGAAAACUGGACCCAGCUGGGGUAAGACGUAUGGAGCCAAACAUGGGACUUGCACCUCCUUUGUCCUGUGGCCAGGCGAGCACAUCAUCGCUGUCUCUGGCACCCACAAGGUUUUCAUCAAUUCCUUGUACCUGUUCACAGACCAAAACCGCAUAGCUGCCUUUGGAAAUGACUCUGAGAACAAGUUCAUUAUCUACCCCGAUAGGGCGGAGGAGGUGCUCACUGGCUUCAAAGGCAUGUAUAAACUACUAGGCAUCACUGCCCUUGGCUGCAAAUGGCAAUACCCAGUUUUACUCGAGGUUAACCAAGAGGUCUAUGACAGCAAUAGCACCAGCCUGGAGGAGCCCUAUGGGUUCCAGGAGCAGGUAGAUCAAGGGAAGGAUUUCCCAACUGAGAAACAGGCCCGACGGCAGGAAGGACAUUGGGCCAAGCUGAGGUUCGGACCACUCUGGAACUCGCUGAACGCAGCACUGAUGCUGGCGCCCAAGAGCUGCUGCUGCUGCCCAGCAAGUGUGUCCCCAUGGGUCCGCCUGCGGCUGCGUGCGCCAUCUGCUCUGCAGUACCAGCAGGGGGCGCUGAUGGGCUUCAGGUGCUGGCCUGCUCUUCAGCUUCCGCCUGUUCUCCAGGGCCAGCAGCUGCCAUUGGUCCAUCAGCGGCCAUAG